AUGUCUUGCAGGAAAGAACUGAGUUAUACAGGUGUAAAGACCGUUUACUUAUGUUACCUAGAUGAUAAACAAGGAAAAAGUGAUGAAGUUUGGAAUAAACAAUGCCUUUGGUUGGAAACAGAGGUUACAGCGAAUAUUGAAGUUAAUGUUGGACGUCGGUCGUCGGGUUGUGUUUUCCGUUGUGAACGCUACACCUGCGUGGUAGUGUUCGAGUUACAGCCAUAUACAAACUUAAAAUCCCUAAAAAUGGUCGAUAUUGAGUUAAAUGAAACCAGUUACAAUAAGGUGACUGCAGUUACCAAUGGCGACUUGUCAAAAGGAGAUUCUUUGAGCAAGUCGGAAGAUGUUCAAGAUGAAACGCCUUACACAGUUAAGAUAAUUCCAACCCAUUCAGAUCCUUUCGAGUUACAAGUGAGCUCUUUUGAGCUCGUUCAAGAAAUUCAUCGUGUGUUAAUGGAUCGAGAAGAAACAUGCAGUUGCACUUGCUUUUCUUUGGUUCUAAACGGUCAGACACUAGAUAUGUUUGCAGAGUUAAAGUCAGUCGAUGGUUUGGCUGAUGGCGUCGAACUGAAAGUUGUGGAAGAGCGCUAUAGUGUUCGUGAAGCCAAAAAUCAUGUUCGACAUAUCCAUGAUCUCCUUCAUUCAGUCGAGCCUAACGAUGCAUACGCAGGUAGAGAACAGAUGUCCCUAUCAUUUGUCAAUUCAGUAGCGGGAGAGCUAGAACGCAAACAUUUCCCUACUCGGUUAGAUAUGCGCAUUGAUUUCAUACCACCUGAAUAUGUUAUGCCCGGUUUUGGUGCAAACACCAACCUCCCAUUAUUGCCUUUACAUCCUUUGGAUCGUGAUGGAAAGCCAGUUAAGUGCGUUCGCCAACUUAAUUAUAGUAAUUGGAACCCUCCACCACCUGCAAGACGACUCUUAGGAGAUCUGAUUUAUUUAUUUUUUCAUACGUUAGAGGACAAAAAGUACCAUAUAACUGCUUGUCCCAGAGGAUUUUAUGUAAAUAUGUCCACGGAUGAUCAGUUUAAUCCCCACCCCAUACAACAUGCUUAUGUGGCACAUUCUCUGAUCGAUCUCCUGCGUCAACUUAGCCCAGGAUUCAAGCGCAAUUUUGAGUCCCUUUUAAAAAAUCGAGCUGCUAAACAUCCAUUUGAACGUGUUCCGACUCCGUAUCAAGUUCAUUCCUGGUUAGCGCCACUAGUUGAACAUUCCCCAGAUUCUGUAAGAAAAGAAGAAGCGUUUUCUUCUCGCAUGGCGUGCGAAGAAAAUUUGCCCGGUCAAACUAGGGACUGGAACGAAGAGCUACAAGUUACGCGUGAACUUCCACAGACACGUCUUACAGAGCGGCUACUUAGAGAUCGUGCUAUUUUCAAAUCAAACAGUGAUUUUGUUGCUGCAGCAACUCGUGCUGCUGUUAGCGUAGUAAAUGGAGAUAUUAUGGCUAUUAACCCAGGAGAAACACGUAAACAACAAAUGUUUAUAUGGAAUAAUAUGUUUUUCUCACUUGGAUUUGAUGUUAAAGAUCAUUACAAACAUUUCGGCGGUGAAUAUGCCGCAUAUGCUGCCACAUCUAGUGAUUUGUGUGGAGUACGUGCAUAUUCGAUGCUAGAUCAACCUGGACUGUAUACUCUUGGGACAGCUAUUAUUGAUUACCGUGGUUUUCGCGUUACCGCUCAAACAAUCAUACCAGGUAUUUUGGAGAAAGAACAAGAACAGUUAGUUGUUUAUGGUUCAAUUGAUUUUGGUAAGACAGUGCUCACCGAUAAACGUUAUGAAGAGUUAUUGUCUAAAACGGCUAAACAAUUGAAAAUCAAGCCACACAAGGUUGUCAAUCAGUCAGGUGAUGCAAUACAGUUAUAUUCAUCUGUGGAUUGUAAAGGAAUUGUUGGAAAUGAUAAUCGAACUUAUAUUCUGGAUUUACUACGUACUUUCCCACCAGAUCUAAACUAUUUAGAUAAUGGUAGUGAUAUACGACCUCAAUUGUCUCCUGAAUUGGUGAAAUUAGGUUAUCCUUAUCAACACCGACAUAUGUUGGCGACUUUAAGACAAGAGUUGAUCGAGGCAUUUUUUGACCAUCGUUAUGAAAAGUUUCUACGUCUGGCUGCUCUAGAGAUUCAAAAGGGUAAAUCUUCCUUAAAAGGUGAAUGUGAUGAUCAGGAUGCUGCUAGUGUGCAAAAUGGACAAGCUAACUGUUCAAACACUAAUGAUGAUCCCUUAUCUCCCAAAGAUAGUCUAAUUACAACCAAACACCAAAUAGACCACCAUGAUGUUACUGGACACUCCAGUAAUGCUUUGAACUCAGGGAUUGGGACAAUAAAGUCUCCAAGCAAGAAUCAAUCAGAUGAUUUAAGCCUGAUGAAAAGAUUACUAGAAGAUGAUCAAGACACACAAAAAAAUGACGUAAUUCGAGAAGCUAUCCGCAAGGCAGCAGCAGCUGUCGGUUCUCUGAGUACAGAUCGUUUUGAGCUUACAUUCAAUCCUGAUAUUUAUCAGAAAUUUGUCAAAUUUUGUGAUUCAGAAGAACAAUCACUAACAGUUGAUCAAGAACUAGUAUGCAGUGCUUGCGAAUUUCUGGUUUUAAAACAAAUUCCAGCAUUUGUUAGAGACGCAUUAAAUUUGUGCAUCACUCCUCAAGAUGGUAGAGCUCUGAUAGAGUUAAUGCAUCAGCGUGGCAUUAAUGUGCGUUAUUUGAAUCGUGUAAUCGAAUCAGUCAGUAUUCACCAGUCGUUAGGUUAUCUCAAAAAAAUGGCUAUUUGCGAAGUUUUGUUACGGUCUGCAAAACAUUUAUUUAAAACAUAUCUUCAAGAUGUUGAUCCUAUGCUUCUUUCUGUUGGGGUUGCUCAUUUUCUCAACUGUUUUCUAACAGCAUGUCCUAAUCUUACACCGUUACUUGGGAUUGAUGAGCAAGUCCUCAAACUGAAUCGUAAUAAAAAGAAUAAGAAGAAAUUGAAAAAUCUUCGUGAAUCACCAGAAGAAAUGGCAUGGCUUAAUGAAACACAUUCCAGUUUAUGGUCUGAAAUAAUUAAAGAAGCUAAGGAAUAUUAUCAUUAUCAAAUAACUGCGUUAGAUAUUGAUGAAUUCUGUAAGAUUUAUGAAGUUCAACGUAUUCAGCUUCUUAGAACAUUUUGUACAUCUGUUGGUAUUCAGCUACUUUUACGCGAGUAUAAUCUCAAUCUACCGAAUGGUGCUAAACAUCAUCAAAAACCGGUAUUUAAUACUGAAGAUAUAAUAUCUCUUUAUCCAAUAGUGAAACAUUUACAUCCUCAUGCAACUGAUGCUUAUCAUUAUUUUACAACUGGUCAAGCUCGAAUUUCUGCUGGUCAUCUUCAAGAAGGAUUCGAGUUAAUUAAUGAAGCUUUAAGUCUUCUGAAUGGUGUAUAUGGUCCUCUUCAUCCUGAUAUUGGUGCUUGUAAUCGUCUUUUAGCUCGUUUAUCUUAUGUCAUGGGUGAACAUGAAGCUGCAUUAUUAUUUCAGCAUCGUGCUACAAUGAUUAGUGAACGUGUACACGGAAUUGAUAAUCCGAAUACAGCUACUGAAUAUAUACAUUUCUCGCUUUAUGUAUUCGCUUGUGGACAUAUAUCUACUGCUUUACAAUUACUUUAUCGAGCUCGUUACAUAGCACUCUUAUGCCAUGGUGAAUGUCAUCCUGAAAUAACACAAAUAGACACUAAUAUCGGUUUAAUGUUACAGUUGGUUGGUGAAUUAGAUUUGGCUUUAAUCUUUUUCGAGAAUGCAUUAUCUUUAAUUAAAUUAUUUUAUGGUGAACGAAAUUUGAAAGAAGCUUUCACUUGUCAUUUAAUCAGUCUUACGUAUACCUAUCGCGGCGAUUUUCGUACUGCUCUUGAUUAUGAAAAACGUCGUUUUCUAAUAUACAAGGAACGUUUAGGUCCAGAUAGCGAUUAUACUAAAGAUAGUGAUGAAUGUUUGCGACAACUUACCCAACAAGCUGUGACAAUUGCACGUAAAGUAGCUGAACUCACAGCAACUGCCUCCACAACAAAGUCAAUUGGAAGUGGUGAUUCUUCUUCGUCCACUAGUCAUUUGAAUUCACAUUCAACUAACAAUCAUCUUUCUAUCAGUGAAUCACUUGUUGCUAAGGCAGUUUUAUCAAAUGCAUUCUGUGGUGGUGUUAAUGGGAAUGUCAACGCUACUGGGAGUAGUAGUGGUUCAUUAACUUUGCCUAUGCCAACUGUUUCUUCAAUUUUAGAAACUCUCAAUCGUGUAAAUGGAAUAUUAGUUAUACAAAUAAGAGGAAAAGAUGACAAUCAACAUGGUCACAAAGAAGAUAAAAAUCUGUCAAGUAAUAAAUCUGAUCUUACAGAAUCCCAUGUUGUUAUAUGUGAUAAAAUUCGGCAGUCCAAAAAUGAUAUCCAUCUGUUGACACCAUCAUCUAAUGAUAAUAAAUCGUCGAAAUCUUUUCCCACCUCAUUAAAUAAUAGUGAUGUGAACAAACCUGUAAUUCCAGUAUUGUAG